AAGUCACACUGUUUUUAGUUUUUUAAUUCAGUUCUAAUUAAGACAUCAACAACACAACCAUUGCCUCCUCUCUCCGGCUCUCCCUCUUACAUUUCCCAGUACAGUAGAAAUCGUGCUCUUUAAAACUGUGUUACAGAACUCGAAACUAAUUCCAUUCCUUUUCACAGCCAGCUGAAUUCUCCAGCAGGUUCUGUAAUUUUCUUAUGGAUUCUUAUGAAAGGGAUGAGAUACCAAUGUUGUCUGUUAACCCUCGACCAUUUUUUGGUCAGCUGGAAGAUUCUUCAUCUGAUAAUUUUUCUUCGCGGACUCGAAGCGCAUCUAUGUCUGCUCGUAUGAGUUCUGCAGAAUCUUGGAGGGAAAGUAACUUUGUAGGACAUACUGGUCCUGAUAAAAACUCAUUUGUACAGAUGAGUGGUCCAUUGUAUGUUAGAAGUAAGCCAGACAAUUCAUAUGGUGAUACAUCUGAGUCCCCAGAAAAAAAAUUGCAGUUGACUCAUAAGUAUUCUACAAACGAGGGUAUAAUCAAGAACGACUGGGUGCAAAAUAAUAACAAUGAGAAAAAUGAACAUCUAUUGAGAUCUGGUCAACUGGGAAUGUGCAAUGACCCUUACUGUACAACUUGUCCCUCAUAUUACAACUAUAGGCCUCCACAAGGAAAAUACAGGAGGACUUCUGAUAUAUUCGAUACAAAGUUCCACAAUGUACUCUAUGGAGACGCCAAAGGAUGGGCCAAGAGAUUUUGUUCUUUUCUGUACUCAUAUAUCCCAGGAGUCAUGAAUCCUCACGCCCGAGUUAUUCAGAAGUGGAACAAGUUUUUUGUCAUCUCUUGCCUUAUUUCGAUUUUCAUUGAUCCAUUGUUCUUUUUUGUGCUAGCGGUAUUAGAGGAGUCAAAGUGCAUAGUCAUGGACAAGGCCGUGUCAACCACAUUGGUAGUUUUCAGAAGUUUAACAGACAUGAUUUACAUAUUUCAUAUCUUUCUUCAGUUUAGGCUGGCUUAUGUUGCUCCUGAAUCUAGGGUGGUUGGUACUGGAGUCUUGGUUGAUCUGCCAAGCAAAAUUGCCCUCAAUUAUGUGACUGGAUUCUUUUUUAUUGACUUCUUUGCAGCGCUGCCCAUUCCUCAAAUUAUAAUACUGGUUAUUCUACCAAGAUACUUGGGGUUGUCUGGUGCAAAUUAUGCAAAGAAUCUCCUCCGCUUUGCAAUUCUUGUUCAGUAUAUACCAAGAUUGUAUAGGUUCCUACCUUUAUUAGUUGGGCAGUCACCUAUUGGCUUCGUAUUUGAGUCAGCGUGGGAAAAUUUUGUGAUUAAUCUGCUCACAUUUGUUUUAUCUGGGCAUGUGGUGGGUUCUUGUUGGUAUCUUUUCGGUUUACAGAGAGUGAAUCAAUGCCUGCGAGAUGCUUGUCACCAUUCUGGGAUGGAGUUUUGUAUGACUUUCAUUGACUGCGGAUAUUCCAAUACAGAACGGUAUCAAUCGUUUCCAACCUGGAGUAACUGGACAAGUAAUGAAAAUGCUACUGAUUGUUUUGUCAGCUCAGAUGGUCCAUUUGAUUAUGGGAUCUAUGAAAAAGCAGUGAACCUUACACAUCAUAGUGCUAUGAACAGAUAUAUAUAUUCCUUGUUCUGGGGAUUUCAGCAAAUCAGUACUCUGGCUGGGAAUCUAGAACCAAGCUACUUUGUUUGGGAGGUUCUCUUUACAAUGGCUAUUAUUGGGCUUGGUCUCCUGCUCUUCGCUUUACUGAUUGGAAACAUGCAGAACUUCCUACAAUCUCUUGGUCGCAGGAGGCUGGAGAUGUCACUAAGAAGGCGUGAUGUUGAGCAGUGGAUGAGCCAUCGCCGUUUACCUCAGAACUUAAGAAGAAAAGUCCUAGAAGCAGAGCGUUACAAUUGGGCUGCCACUAGAGGUGUAAAUGAGGAGAUGUUGAUGGAAAAUCUUCCAGAGGAUGUUCAAAGAGAAAUAAGACGCCACCUCUUUAAGUUUGUUGAAAAGGUCCGGAUUUUCAAACUAGUGGAUGAGAAGGAGCCUAUUUUAGAUGCUGUUUAUGAGAGGCUUAAACAAAAGACUUACAUCAAGGACAGCGAAGUUUUAUAUCAAGAGGGUAUCAUCGAUAAGAUGGUAUGUAUUGUACGGGGGAAAAUGGAAAGCAUUGGAGAGGAUGGUAUUGUUGUCCCCUUGUCUGAAGGAGACGUGUGUGGCGAAGAACUUCUUACAUGGUGCCUUGAGCAUUCUUCAGAGUAUAGAGAUGGGAAGAAAGGUAGGACCCAUGGACAGUGGUUAAGGAGCAACAGGACUGCUAGAUGUUUAACAAAUGUUGAAGCAUUUAUACUUAGAGCUCGGGAUCUCGAAGAAGUCACAAGUUUGUUUCCAAGAAUCCUGCGAAAUCCACGAAUUCAAGGAGCAAUAAGGUAUGAAUCCCCGUACUAUAGAUGUCGUGCUGCAACGACAAUUCAAGUCGCCUGGAGAUACCGAAAGAAGUGGCUAGAUCGCAUAAAUUCUAAAGCUAGUUUGAGAGCCGAUAGUCGCAUGUAAAACAGGUUGUUUGUAGGUACUGAUUUGUUGUAGUUAUGUACUACUCCGUAAAAGUUCUGUUUACUUUUUUGCAUCUUUAUACAUAAUGUAAACCUGUAGUUCGAAAGAGACUAUUGUAAAUAUCUAAUUGUCAAACCUUCCGUUUGACAAGCCUUACUAUGUUGACUUUGUAAGCUAACUAACUAUAAGGAAUUACUUCCUCCGUCCCGGAA